AUGCGUUUUGAUAUAUUUUUGUUGGUUGCCUUCUCUUUGGGAGUUGCCGUUAAUUGCGGAGUCGUGAAGAGGAAUCAAAACUCCUAUGGAGAUGAGGCAGGAGCUGGAGGUGCCGCUGGAGCAGCACCGGCAGCACCAGCAGAAUCAGCCGCCCCUUCAGGAGGAGAAGCAGCUGCCCCUGCACCAGAGGCCGCCCCUGCACCUGCACCAGCUGAAGCUGCACCUGCAGCUGCCCCAGCCCCAGAGCAAGCAGCCCCAGCUGUAGCACAACCUGCCCCUGCUGCAGCUGCAUCUCAAGCUAGUGGAUACAGGAAAAAACGCUCUCAAAACUCCUAUGGAGAUGAAGCAGGACAUGCAGCUGGAGCAGCACCAGCAGAGGCAGCUCCAGCACCAGCAGAAUCAGCCGCCCCAUCAGGAGGUGAAGCAGCACCUGCUGCUGCCCCUGCACCUGAAGCUGCCCCAGCACCUGCAGCUGCCCCAGCCCCAGAGCAAGCAGCACCAGCUGUUGCUCAACCUGCCCCUGCCGCUGCUGCAUCACAAGCCAGCGGAUACCGCAAGAAGCGUUCACAGAACUCAUACGGAGAUGAGGCUGGAGCCGGAGGAGCCGCUGGAGCAGCACCAGCAGAAUCAGCAGCGCCAGCAGGAGGUGAAGCAGCAGCCCCAGCUGCCACUGGAUGCACAGAAAAUUGCGCCGCAGGCGGUGAAGCUACAGCCCCGGCCGCUGCUCCUGCACCUGAAGCCGCCCCAGCAGCUGCCCCUGCACCAGAACAAGCAGCACCUGCUGUUGCACAGCCAGCACCUGCAGCUGCACCAUCACAAGCUAGCGGCUACAGGAAGAAGCGCUCUCAGAACUCUUAUGGAGACGAGGCAGGACACGCAGCUGGAGCAGCACCAGCAGAAUCUGCAGCUCCGUCUGGAGGAGAAGCAGCCGCCCCUUCCGGAGGUGAAGCAGCUGCCCCUGCCCCCGAAGCCGCCCCUGCACCUGCACCAGCUGAAGCUGCCCCAGCAGCACCUGCUCCAGAACAAGCAGCCCCAGCUGUCGCCCAACCUGCUCCAGCAGCUGCACCCUCUCAAGCCAGCGGAUAUUAAAUGUAUUUUGAAAACCGGAAACAACUUCAACAUCCAGGCGCGCAUAUUGCUAAUAGCCAUUAUUGUGAAAGAUAUCACUGCCUUCCUUUCACCCCUCCUCAUUUCUUCCCCCAAAAUUUGUUUUCCUUUUCAUUCUCCCUCCAUCACUUUAUUUUUUAUUUUCUUCGAAU